AUGCCUGUUCUUUCCGAUUUCAGUCCGACCUAUACAAAUUUGAAUCGACUAAUCGCUCAAGUGGUCUCCUCCAUCACAGCAUCAUUACGUUUUGAUGGCGCACUAAAUACAAACCUCGUUCCUUACCCAAGAAUUCAUUUCCCGCUGGUCACCUAUGCUCCCAUCAUAUCAGCCGAAAAGGCCUACCAUGAGCAGCUCACUGUCUCCGAAAUCACGAAUGCAUGCUUCGAGCCAGGCAGCCAAUUGGUCAAAUGUGAUCCGCGAAAUGGCAAAUACAUGGCAUGCUGUUUAUUGUUUAGAGGAGACGUUGUCCCAAAGGAUAUCAACUCGGCCAUAGCUGUGAUCAAAACGAAAAGGAAUAUUCAAUUUGUCGCCCCAGUUAUUAGAAAGUCAUUGUCGAAAGCCUUCGACCUCAGGUGCCCGACUGGCUUCAAGGUCGGCAUUAACUAUCAGCCGCCGACCGUGGUCCCCAAUGGUGAUAUGGCUAAACUUCAGCGAGCGGUCUGUAUGCUAUCCAACACUACUGCGAUCCAGGUGAGGUUCUUAGGGAUUGGAACAACGGCUCUGAGACUUCCUUUUUCAGAAUUUAUCAUACGUUAACA